AUGGCAACUUCACGAGCAGCGUACGCGGCCGAAACGGCGAUUGGCCACCGCGAGGAACACAUCCAACAAGAUGUCUCCAACUACGAGAAGGAGGGCGACCGGAACGAGAUGAUGAAGGCGCUGGUAUGGCAGGGCAAGCAGAAGGUGGCAGUCGUCGACACGCCGAAACCCAAGAUCCUCGAGGACGGCGACGUGAUCCUGAAGGUCACGGGGACCACGGUGUGCGGGAGCGACCUGCACCUGCUGCACGGCACGGUGAUCCAGCUGAACAAGGGCGACAUCCUGGGCCACGAGUUCUGCGGCGUGGUCGACCAGGUCGGGCCCGGCGUCAAGAAGGUGCAGGUGGGCAAGCGCUACGUGGCGGCCUUCCAGAUCACCUGCGGCGAGUGCUUCUUCUGCAAGCAGAAGCUGUCGUCGCAGUGCGAGCGCACCAACUCCAACACGACGGCCAAGGCCAUGUACGGCGGCACGACCGCGGGGCUGUUCGGCUACUCGCACUUCACGGGCGGCUUUGCCGGCGGCCAGGCCGAAUACGUGCGCGUGCCGCUGGCCGACAACAACCUGCUCGAGAUCCCGGACGACGUGCCGGACGAGAAGGCGCUGUACCUGUCGGACGUGCUGCCCACGGCCUACAACGCCGUGCGCGACACGGCCGUGUACCCGGGCGACCAGGUCGCCAUCUUCGGCGCCGGCCCCGUCGGCCAGAUGGCCGGCGUGUUCGCGGUCGGCGAGGGCGCCGGCAAGGUGGUCUUUGUCGACACGGAGCCGCGGCUGUCGGCCAUCCAGAGCCGCUGGCCCGCCGAGCACAAGGACAAGCUGGCCGUGCUCGACUACAAGAAGCUCAGCUUCGGCGUCACCGGCAAGGAGACGGUCGUCAGCAAGCUCAAGGAGAUGUGCAACGGCGGCCGCGGGCCCGACGUCGCCAUCGAGUGCGCCGCCGGCGAGUACGCCAAGGGCUGGAUGCACUGGCUCGAGAUGUCCCUGGGCGCCGAGACCGACACGAGCGAGAUUCUGAACGAGAUGGUCGAGGGUGUGCGCAACUAUGGCCGCGCCGGCAUCACGGGCGUCUAUGUGGGCUACACCAACCACUUCAACAUCGGCUCCGUGAUGCAGCGCGGCAUCCGUCUCAUCGGCAACGGCCAGGCCCCGGUGAUGAAGUACUGGGAGGGGCUUCUCGCCAAGAUCCAGAAGGGCGAGCUAGAUCCCACGCAGAUGCUGUCACACCGGUUCCGUAUCGAGGACGCCGACAAGGUCUACUACAUGUUUGACAACAAGGAGGACAACAUCCAGAAGGUCUUUAUCGAGACCAAGUUCUCCUUCCCGCGGGCCCCCGGCACGCCCGAGCUGACCAAGCUAUGA